CGGUAUGGACAGCUGUUUUCUUCCCAAAAGUGGGCCACGUCCGUAUAAGCGAAGCCCCGCCUGCCCAAGCAAGGAACUCUGCGUCUCCCUCUCUCUUUCUGACCCGAGCGGUUCUCUUUUCUAGGGUUUCGUAACUGGCGAUUUUUUUUCCUGGUCGGAAUCGGGAGAUAUAGGCCUAAGCCAAUUUGAUUCCGCAAAUACUUUCGAAAGAGAGUGACAGACUCUUGGUCCUCCAACCGGCGGUUUCCGGCCCCCCUUGGCGGUUAGCGGAGGAAUUCCUCCGACGAUCACGAUGAAGUUGACCGUGAAGACAUUGAAAGGAAGCCAUUUCGAGAUUAAUGUUCAACCCAAUGAUACGGUUAUCGCCGUUAAGAAGCAGAUAGAAGAAAUACAAGGGAAAGAUAACUUUCCAUAUGCGCAGCAGUUGCUGAUUCAUAGUGGCAAGGUCUUGAAAGAUGAGACAACUUUGGAAGACAAUAAAGUUAGUGAAGAUAGUUUCCUGGUUGUGAUGCUCAGUAAGAGUAAAUCCUCUGGGCAAGGUGGAACCUCGUCGAUUCAGCUGGAACAGUCUUCGGCACCAAGUUCUGUUCCUCCUGCUCCUGCUUCUGUUCCUCCUGCUCCUGCUUCUGUUCCUCCUGCUCCCACUCCAUUGCCUGUGCCACAAACCCCUUCAGAAGAAGUGGCCCCUUCAAGCGCAGCAGUUUCUGAUAGAGCCACCGAGGUGACUGCUGAUCCAUAUGGUCAGGCUGCCUCAAACUUGGUUGCAGGUAAUAAUCUUGAGGAAACGAUUCAGCAAUUGAUUGACAUGGGUGGAGGCAGCUGGGACAGGGAGACUGUUACACGUGCACUUCGUGCUGCUUAUAACAAUCCUGAACGAGCUGUUGACUAUUUAUAUUCUGGCAUUCCAGCGACGGCAGAAGUUGCUGUGUCUGUGGCUGGUGUUCCUUCAAGCCAAGCAGGAAGUCAAGCGGCAACUGCUCCCACAGAUGCUGGCGCUACAGGAAAUGCACCCCCUUCUGGAGGGCCUAAUGCAUCUCCACUGAACUUGUUUCCUCAGGGACAAGGUGCUCCUGGACUUGGAACAACUGGUGCUGGGGGUAGUUCUCUAGAUUUCCUCCGGAAUAACCCACAGUUCUUAGCUUUACGAUCCAUGGUCCAGGCAAAUCCGCAGAUUUUACAGCCUAUGCUUCAAGAGCUAAGUAAGCAGAACCCACAGCUUCUAAGGCUGAUCCAGGAGCACCAGGCUGAGUUCCUUCAGUUGAUUAAUGAGCCACUAGAAGGAUCUGAAGGAGAUAUAUUUGAACAGCUCGAGCAGGACAUGCCCCAGUCAAUAAGUGUUACGCCCGAGGAGAGGGAGGCUAUUGAACGACUUGAAGCAAUGGGGUUCGACAGGGCACUCGUCAUUGAGGCAUUUUUGGCAUGUGACAAGAAUGAGGAACUUGCAGUGAACUAUUUGUUAGAAAAUGCUGGUGACUAUGAAGAUUGAUGGUACACUGGAUGAUCUACUGCCUUUCCAGCCGAGUCUGCUCAAUUCAGUUGCUAAUCUGGCGGAAGGAUGGUUUUGUCUUAGCCAUGGACUUUCGAUGGAGUAAGGAUCGUGGUCUGUUCGCUUUUUCAAGGAUGCUUCUUCAACCUCUCCCUAAUCUUUGCCCGUUGAACUUCUGGGUCCAGGUCGAUCUCUCAGUUUUUCUUUUGGGGUUCUCUAUGGUUCUUGUUGUAUGGGUUGGCCUCACGUGCUGUCACUAAUGAAAAUCCUUUGCUAAUUAGGUGCAAUUCCACUAAUAUUGCUUGGUCGACCAUUACUUAUGUAGUUAAAAGACUAGAGAAUGCUCCUUAUGUUUCUUUGAGCUAAAAAAUUUUGCUCUACAAGCACAUAAACACA